AGACCCCCCCUCUUUCCCGUUUGGAGUGGAAGUACGUUGUUGGAGAGAGAACUGAAAGCAAUCGAGGACCUCCAACACCGUCCGCGUCCAUAUGUCCCUCGAAGAAGAAGAUCCACAGUUCUUCCCAUGGACCUUCUCCUCCUCCUUCUAGGGUACGUAGCAUGAUUGGGUGCAACAAUGCGUUGGUUGCCUAGCAUUUCGUUCUCAUCCUCCUCCUCCGGCUCUCGAUCCUCGUCGUCCUCGCUCAAAUCCCGGGGCGGUGAAUCGCCUAGCGGGAGGAUUGUUGACGUCUCCACCGGGUGGAGUUUCGGUCCGGUUAGGAAGCUCACCCGACAGCGGAAGCUCCGUCAUUUGAAUGAUCAACACGACAUCUCGGGCCCGCCCGAGCCUCUGGCGCAGCAUGUGCUAUCUCCGAGCAACGAUGCCGAUUUCUCGACCCCGCGGUUCUCUUCCACGGCGGCGUCCGCAUCCUCGGCGAAGCCGCAGCCGCUUCCGCUGCCGGAAUUAGGGAUCUUUGGCCGCAAGGAUAGGUUGAGUUCCAGCUACGUGGACUUCCAGCUCCCUUCACCGACGACUGGGCCGAGCCGAGUCGUAGAGGAGCGAGAUAGAGGGGGAGCGUCCUCCAACUCUCCAAUUAAGAGCGUGUUUGCCAACGAAGAUGCGAGAGACACAAAAAAGACUACAGGUCAUGCUGACAAGAAGUCAUCUAGGAGGGAAUCUCAAGACCUAAAUGGCUCGAAAAGCUCAAGAAAUGGGUUCAGGGUCGAUGUUCCCGUCAGGAGUGCUCCAACUAGUCCUUUCUCAAGUCCUGCACUCAGCCCACAAAGGCGGAGUGCAGCUGAUGCAUUUCCGUAUUACUAUUACAUGGUUCCUACGGGGAAUCAAGCCUGGUCUGCUCCGGAGAUGCCUACCUCGGAAAUGAUACCAGGGCUCCCUCCCCCUGCAUUUUUUGAUUACUCUGCAUUUAGUUGUAAUACAUCUCCCCAUCACAGUCCGGCAAGAAGUCACCUACAAAACCCGAAAAGCCCAAGUGGACCUGCAUCGCCAUUGCAUUCAAAAUUAUCCCACGACACCUCAAUAGCACGCUUUGACACUGACUGUCCUGUAAAUGUCCACCCAUUACCUCUUCCUCCUGGUGCAGCCAUGCCUUCACCCUCAGCUCCCAUUCCUCAGGCUAUAGCUAAAUCAGAGUUUGUGCCAAUGAAAAGUCAAUGGAAAAAAGGAAAGCUUAUUGGGCGCGGUACAUUUGGAAGUGUUUAUGUUGCCACCAAUCGGCUAACUGGAGCUUUAUGUGCAAUGAAGGAAGUUGAAUUACUUCCUGAUGACCCAAAAGCUGCAGACUGUAUCAAGCAAUUGCAGCAGGAAAUCAAAGUUCUCAGCCAACUGAAGCAUCUAAAUAUUGUGCAGUAUUAUGGCAGUGAAAUAGUUGAAGACCGGUUUUAUAUAUAUCUGGAGUAUGUUCAUCCUGGUUCCAUCAACAAAUAUGUUCGUGAACAUUGUGGAGUCAUGACAGAAUCUGUCGUUCGCAAUUUUACUCGCCAUAUUCUCAAUGGUUUGGCUUACUUGCAUAGCACAAAAACAAUUCAUAGGGACAUCAAAGGGGCUAAUUUGCUUGUUGAUUCCUUUGGAGUUGUCAAGCUUGCUGAUUUUGGUAUGGCUAAACAUCUUACUGGACAAGCAGCUGAUCUUUCUCUAAAGGGGAGUCCAUACUGGAUGGCUCCAGAGCUCAUGCAAGGUGUGAUGCAGAGAGAUUCCAGCUCCGAUCUGGCUCUUGCUGUAGAUAUUUGGAGUUUGGGUUGUACAAUUAUUGAAAUGCUCACUGGAAAACCUCCUUGGAGUGAGUUUGAAGGGGCUGCAGCCAUGUUCAAGAUUUUGAGGGAUACCCCUAGCAUACCAGAAACAUUGUCAUCUGAGGGCAAGGAUUUUCUUCGGUGCUGCUUUCAAAGAAAUCCUGCAGAGAGACCGUCAGCUGCCAUGUUACUGGAACAUCGGUUCAUGAAGAACUCGCAGCAGCUGGAUGUCUCAUAUUGCAACACAGCAUUUAAUGGGAAGAACUUUACUCAAUAGUCGGAGAGAGCGAUGUGAAGAUAAAUUCAGUCAGUUGCCAAGGUACCCCAGCACACAAAUUGCAAAAGACAAAUUGGCUUCCUAGAGGGGCUCCAGAAUUGUAUCAUAGACUUCAAGAAGACUCUGGUAGGUGACUCGUAGCCAUAGUGUUGAGAUAAUAGGUUAUUUGAUCUGAAUUCUCUUGAAGUUAUAAAAGCUUCUUCCUCUUGGAAGUUUGUCUUGCACGAGAAUUUAGAAGCAGUUUUUGUAUGCUAAUAUCUGAUUUAGAGCUUCAGCAAUUAUGGAAGUCAGUUUAUCAUUACCCUCUCAAGGUAAAUAACAUAACCUCCUCCAUGUACAAUUAAAGUCAAAAGAGGAAUAAUGGUACAGAUAUUAGAAGUGGAAAUUAUUGAACAGGGGAUUUGAUGUCAGCUGUUUUAUAUUGAUUA